UGACAGUGUUUGGUUUUAGCAUCUGCCGGUGGUUGGUCGGACCAUGUGGUAACAUUGGUAUGGUAAGAAAAGAAACCGGAUUUGAUUUAUCCCUUCUCUGAGUCACACCAGACUUAGUCAGUCUGCUAAAUCUUGUUUGUGUGUGUAUGGCUCAGUGGUGAGGUUAAAAACCAAAUAUAUAAAUAACAGUUAUUUAACACUGUGAUAUGAUUAAGAUUUGAACUGAAAUCAAAACAAUAAAAUGGUCUUCUAUUUUGUGAGUAAUGUCGUUUCCCCACCUGUUACCCUUUUCAUGGGUCUGGAUAAGUAUGAAAAUGAAGAACUAAUAAAAUGGGGGUGGCCUGAAGAUGUCUGGUUCCAUGUAGACAAGCUGUCUUCUGCGCAUGUUUAUCUCAGACUUAAGCCUGGACAGACAAUUGAUGACAUUCCAUCAGCAGUACUGGAAGAUGCUGCACAGCUAGUCAAGGCCAAUAGCAUUACAGGAAAUAAGAUGAAUGACAUCGAUGUUGUGUACACCAUGUGGCAAAACUUGAAAAAAACUGAUGGCAUGGAAGUUGGUCAGGUCAGCUUUCAUAAGGACAAGGAGGUAAGAAAAAUGAGAGUUGCCAAACGUGUAAAUGAAAUAGUGAACAGGCUAAAUAAAACGAAAACUACCAAAGAAGUAGAUCUUAGAGCGGAAAGAGAAACAAGAGAUCAGAGGGAAAGAGAAGACCAAAAGAGAAUACAAAAGGCUCUGAGAGAGAAACAAAAAGAAGAAGAAAAAAGAAAACAAGAAGAAGCUGAACUUAGGAGUUACACUACACUUAUGAAACCGGAGUUGAUGACUUCUAAUAAAGACGGAAAUGAUUCAGAUGAUUUCAUGUGAUAGUGUCAGACCAGUGCCAAAGUCAGUUUCUUAACACUGAUCGAACAGUAAAAUAAAUGUCUUUACUUAUUGAAAUAAAACAAUGUUUUGUGUUCUUCUUUAAGUUCAUUUUGGUAUAUUUACUUUCAAUGUGUUAUAUAAAUACUAAUGUAAAAUUGUGUUUUCUGAACUUUGUACUUUUAAUUUAAAUAAAGCAACUAUUAUUUUAUUAUUAUA